AUGGCGUCAACCAUUCCUGUUUCUGAGCUGCUGCUGGCCUCCUUAGAAGAACUAAGCACUGAGGACCUUAGCCAGUUUCAGUGGUUCCUAACUCAGGAUGUGCUGGAGGAUUUUUCUCCAUUACGUAAGAGCCAACUGGAAAACCUGAACAGACAAAACACUGUGGACAAGAUGACAAACACCUACAGCCAUAAAGGAGCUGUGAAGGUCUCAGUCGAGAUCAUGAGAAAGAUGAGACUCAACAGUCUUGCUGAGAAGCUACAUAGAAACAGCCAAACAUCCUGUCCUCUGUGUAAUGACAUGCUGAGGGAUCCUGUUACACUGUCAUGCAGCCAUAGGGUCUGCCCAGCCUGUAUACAUGAGUGCUGGAAGCAGCCAGGUCCUCAAGAAUGUCCAGUGUUCAACAAGAGGUUCUUAAUGGCUGCAGAAAUGUCUGAGGUGCUGUGCAGUCAGCACGGAGAGAAAUUCAAGCUCUUUUGCCUAGAUGAUAAACAACUCAUUUGUGUGAUAUGUCAGGCUUCAAGAAAACAUAAAACCCACAACUGUAGCCCCAUAGAUGAAGUUGCACAAGAUCAGAAGGACAAAUUACAGAGCACACUGAAUUCCUUAAAGGAGAAGCUUAGGGUCUUAAGUGAAAUCAACCAAAACUGCGCUGAACACAUCUCCAUCCAGGCUCAGCUCACAGAGAGUCAAAUUAAGGUGCAGUUUGAAAAGCUUCACCAGCUUCUACAAGAGGAAGAGGCAGCCAGAAUAGCUAAAUUAAGAGAGGAGGAACAGCAGAAAAUUCAAGCCAUGGAAGAAAAGAUUGAAGAGAUGAACAGAGAUAGAUCAUCAUAUACAGACAAAAUCAGAACCCUAGAGCAGGAGCUAGAAGCUGAAGACAUCAAAUUCCUGCAGAACUAUGAGUCCAUGAUGGAACGAGCCCAGUGCAAACUGCCAGAACCAAUUGUGGCGUCAGGAGAGCUGAUAGACAUGGCAAAACACUUGGGCAACCUGCAGUUCAGAGUUUGGGAGAAGAUGCUUGACAUUAUAAAAUACACUCCUGUAAUUCUGAACCCAAACACUUCCCAACCGCUACUCAUCCUGUCUGAGGAUCUGACCAGCGUGAAACAGUGUGAUGACAAUGAUGAAACAUUGCAUCUUCCUGACAACCCGGAGAGGUUUGAUACCCUGAAGAUGGUCUUGGGCUCUGAGGGCUUUAGGUCAGGCACACACAGUUGGGUCAUUGAAGUUGGAGAAAAUACUCACUGGUCACUGGGUGUGAUGACAGGGUCUGCCCAGAGGAAGGGAAACAUAGAGAGUGGAUGCUGGCAGUAUGGAUUUAUUGAUGGUAAAUAUAAAACACAGUGUCCAUCUGGGUCAGACACUCUGGUCACAGUGAAACAGAAACCCCUGAGAGUCAGAGUUCAGCUGGACUAUGAUGGAGGGAAGCUGUCAUUCUCUGACCCUGAUAAUAAAACUCUUCUACACACAUUCACAAACACUUUCACUGAGGAAGCAUUUCCCUUUUGCUUUAAUGGAUGUAAACUCAACCCUAUGAAGAUCUUACCAGUAAAGGCUUCUGUGACAGUGGAAAAUGCCAAUGAGGCCUUACAGAACACAAGUGUAAGAGGGUUUACAGUAAUCAACGUUUCCCAAGUCAUAAACAACUACUGUACUGGAUACCAUGAUCAAAACCAAUUCCCCUUUGUAUUAUGACCACCUGCUUAAUAAUGUGCAGGGCCCCCUUUUGCCGCCA